CUUUGAUGCUAACGAGCUGAGCGGCCUUGAAUUCAGUUUUAGAAGAAAAGAACUGACGAGAAGGUUGAAGAAGAAAAACUAACAAAGCAAUACAAACUAGCUAUACAUUUUAUUUAUCAGAUUGUUCAGGAGGAGCAACAUGGCUUCGGGGGGAGAAUCCAAAAAUGAUGAUCUUUCCACUGCGAUUUUAAAGCAAAAGAACAGACCCAACCGGUUGAUUGUGGAUGAAUCCAUCAAUGAGGACAACAGUGUGGUCUCACUUUCUCAGGCCAAAAUGGACGAGCUGCAGCUCUUCAGGGGAGACACAGUCCUGCUGAAGGGCAAGAAGAGGAGGGAGACCGUGUGCAUUGUCCUCUCAGAUGACACCUGCUCGGACGAGAAGGUGCGCAUGAACAGGGUCGUCCGAAACAACCUGAGGGUGCGCCUUGGAGACGUCAUUAGUAUCCAGCCGUGCCCAGAUGUGAAGUAUGGGAAGCGCAUUCAUGUCCUGCCCAUCGAUGACACAGUGGAAGGGAUCACAGGCAACUUGUUUGAGGUUUAUCUCAAGCCAUACUUCCUGGAGGCCUACAGGCCAAUCAGGAAAGGAGAUAUUUUCCUUGUCAGAGGAGGGAUGCGAGCUGUGGAGUUCAAAGUGGUGGAGACAGACCCCAGCCCCUACUGUAUUGUGGCCCCAGACACAGUCAUCCACUGUGAGGGAGAGCCCAUCAAACGGGAGGAUGAAGAGGAGUCUCUGAAUGAGGUCGGCUAUGAUGAUAUCGGCGGAGUCCGCAAGCAGUUGGCCCAAAUCAAGGAGAUGGUGGAGCUUCCACUCAGACACCCUGCUCUCUUCAAGGCCAUCGGUGUGAAGCCCCCGCGUGGCAUUCUGCUGUAUGGACCCCCUGGAACUGGAAAGACUCUCAUCGCACGAGCUGUUGCUAAUGAAACUGGAGCUUUCUUCUUCCUCAUCAACGGUCCUGAGAUCAUGAGUAAGCUUGCCGGAGAGUCUGAGAGCAACCUAAGGAAAGCGUUUGAAGAGGCUGAAAAGAACGCUCCUGCCAUUAUCUUCAUUGACGAGCUUGACGCCAUCGCACCAAAAAGAGAGAAGACUCACGGAGAGGUGGAGAGGCGCAUUGUGUCUCAACUGCUGACUCUGAUGGAUGGGCUGAAACAGAGGGCACACGUCAUCGUCAUGGCGGCCACAAACAGACCCAACAGCAUUGACCCAGCCCUCAGGCGUUUCGGUCGUUUUGACAGGGAGGUGGACAUUGGCAUUCCUGAUGCGACAGGGCGACUGGAAAUCCUCCAGAUUCACACCAAGAACAUGAAGCUGGCUGAUGACGUUGACCUCGAGCAGGUUGCCAAUGAGACUCACGGCCAUGUUGGAGCUGACUUGGCUGCCCUGUGCUCAGAAGCUGCUCUGCAGGCCAUUAGGAAGAAGAUGGACCUUAUCGACCUGGAGGAUGAGACCAUUGAUGCAGAAGUCAUGAACUCCUUGGCUGUCACCAUGGACGACUUCAGGUGGGCCCUUAGUCAGAGUAAUCCCUCAGCCCUGCGGGAGACAGUGGUGGAAGUGCCUAAUAUCACCUGGGAGGAUAUUGGUGGACUGGAGGAUGUCAAGAGAGAACUGCAGGAACUUGUACAGUAUCCAGUGGAGCACCCAGACAAAUUCUUGAAGUUUGGCAUGACCCCUUCCAAGGGGGUGCUGUUCUAUGGACCACCUGGCUGUGGUAAAACUCUUUUGGCAAAGGCCAUUGCCAAUGAGUGUCAGGCCAACUUCAUCUCCAUCAAAGGCCCUGAGCUUCUCACCAUGUGGUUUGGAGAAUCUGAGGCCAAUGUCCGGGAGAUCUUUGACAAGGCCCGUCAGGCUGCUCCAUGCGUCCUGUUCUUUGACGAGCUGGAUUCCAUCGCCAAGGCCCGUGGUGGCAACGUAGGGGACGGGGGCGGAGCUGCAGACAGGGUCAUCAACCAGAUCCUUACUGAAAUGGACGGUAUGUCCAGCAAGAAGAACGUCUUCAUCAUUGGGGCCACCAACAGACCAGACAUCAUCGACCCUGCCAUCCUGCGACCGGGUAGACUGGACCAGCUCAUCUACAUCCCACUGCCUGACGAGAAGUCCCGCAUGGCCAUCCUGAAAGCCAACCUCAGAAAGUCUCCCAUCUCCAAGGAUGUUGACUUGGACUUCCUGGCUAAGAUGACCAAUGGAUUCUCUGGAGCUGAUUUGACAGAGAUCUGCCAGCGAGCUUGCAAGCUGGCCAUCAGGGAGUCCAUUGAGAAUGAGAUCAGGAGGGAACGCGAGAGACAGACCAACCCCUCAGCCAUGGAGGUUGAGGAGGACGACCCUGUUCCUGAGAUCCGUAAAGACCACUUUGAGGAGGCCAUGCGCUUUGCUCGCCGCUCUGUCAGUGAUAACGACAUUCGCAAAUAUGAGAUGUUUGCACAGACUCUGCAACAGAGCAGAGGAUUUGGCAGCUUCAGAUUCCCCUCCAGUAACCAGGGUGGCAGUGGACCAAGCCAGGGUUCGGCAGGAGGCAGCGGAGGCAACGUGUUCAACGAGGACAAUGAUGACGACCUCUACGGUUAAAUCUGACCCACGUGGUGGACCAAAACAAUCCAUCCAACCAGGCCACAAUGUACAAAACCAACAAAAUUCCACAUUUCCAGGACUCUAUGCUUCUUAAAUGUGUUUUUUCAAAAUGCCCCCUUUCUUUCUCUCCCCACAAAUGUUGGAGAAGCAUGUAGUUGCUUGUCUUUGCUGUGGUUUGUGAGAGGGUAAUUAUUCCAGAGCAUAUUGGUCAUAAGCCAGUGAGGGUGGGGGAUUUCAGUGAAUAAAUGCACAGUAGAGUGGCUUCCCUCUCAAAAACUUUAUAAUUCACAACCUUUGUGAGCAGCUUUAGUGAUGGAUACAGUGCUAGCAUUUAUGGAAGAAAAAAAAUUGCUGACUUCAUUUUUUUUAUGAAAGUAUGAAAGUAGCAUAUAAUGUAUUACAAGUUUGAAAAUGUUGUUAAAAAUAAAACCACACGAAAUGAAAGAAAUUAACUGGUGACUGUGUGUUAGAGAAUGUCUUUCUUGGAGAUAACGGCGUUUUCUUACAGCAGUGUUUUCUCACUGGAUUUUGUAGUGUGUUAAAUUGUUACAAAAGAAAAGAGUGAAUAUUCCAGAGCCAAGUUACACUUGGAAGCACCUAAGCACAUAUUACACACUUGUUCAUCAAUACACACAUCAGAAUAAAAGCAAAGUUAUUUUUUAAAACCAUAUUUUGUUCAAUUGGCACUUUGUCAACAAAUCUACAGUUUCCAAGGCUGUAGCUACUAUGAGAUGCGACAGCAUGCAGGCUUGUUGAAAGUGUUAAUUGCUGACAUGUUCAUUUAAUGGAGUUAAAAUGUCUACCAUGGUAGUUAUUUUAAGAAAAGGUCAAAUCUCAAAUGUGAUAACUUGUUUCAUAUCUCGUAUUACAAUUAUGUCCAUGUGUGUAUUGGGAUAAUGAACUGACAGUAAUCACUUUUGACAAGGGGUAAACUGGUGGCU